UCCUUCUUUUUCUCUCUCUCUCUGUUUUUCUUUUUUCUCUCUUUUCUUUUGAAUUUUCACAUCACUCAGUGGAAGGAAGAAGUGGGAUUCAUUUUUUUUUCGUGCAGAAAAACCCAGAGAGAGAAAAUAGAGGAAAGCAGCCACCUGGCCUUUGGAUUGCCAUUGGAUGUUUGUUUUCUUCUGUUUAUACUUUCUCUGUCCACUCACAAACCCACAAUUCCCCUUUUGCUUUAUCUCUCUUCUCAAAAUUUUUUUUUUCCUUAAAAUUUUCUGUGGGUUGGUUUGGUUUUGUUAUUUCUAUUUGGGUUUUCUUUUCGUUUUCUCUUCCUUGUGUUUUAAGUCCUCGAAAUUGGCGUCUGCGUGAUAAAGACCAGAGGAUUCUGUUCAAGCCCUUCUUCAACCUGUGGUCUUUGAGGGAGAAGCAGAGCACUAACUGAUGAAGGAGAGAGGAGGCUCUCUUGGAGGAGAGAGCCUGCCCGGUAAAAAGACCAGCAACACCAACACCGCCAAAGAAGAAGACCAAGAGGAACCUAAAAUCCCAUUUCUCUAACUUCCUCAUUUUCCCUUACCAUCUAAUUUUGGUCCUCUUUUUCUUGUGGGUUUCGAAUCUUUUUGAGCUCUGAAAUCUUCGGUUGCCUCUUCGUUCGUGUUGGCUAGAAAACGUUUAUGGCGCUUGUAAUGCACAAGGAUUCAUCAAAUAAACAGAUGGAUACGAGCAAAUAUGUAAGGUAUACACCCGAACAGGUUGAGGCAUUAGAGAGAGUUUACUCAGAAUGUCCAAAGCCCAGCUCUCUGAGAAGGCAGCAGCUCAUUAGGGAGUGCCCAAUCCUCUCUAACAUUGAGCCAAAACAGAUCAAAGUUUGGUUUCAAAAUCGCAGAUGCCGUGAGAAGCAGAGGAAGGAAUCUUCCCGCCUCCAGAGCGUAAAUCGAAAGUUGUCUGCAAUGAACAAAUUGUUGAUGGAAGAGAAUGACCGUUUACAGAAGCAGGUGUCCCAUUUGGUUUAUGAGAAUGGGUAUAUGCGCCAGCAACUGCAUAGUGCAUCUGGGACGACUACAGACAAUAGCUGUGAGUCUGUAGUCAUGAGCGGUCAGCCCCAACAACAGCAAAACCCAAAUCCUCAGCAUCCCAAUAGGGAUGUCAACAACCCAGCUGGUCUUCUUGCGGUAGCUGAGGAGACCCUGGCAGAGUUCCUUUCCAAGGCUACAGGAACUGCUGUCGACUGGGUCCAGAUGAUUGGGAUGAAGCCUGGUCCGGAUUCUAUUGGAAUCGUUGCUGUUUCCCGCAACUGCAGUGGGGUAGCAGCACGAGCCUGUGGUCUUGUUAGUCUAGAGCCAACAAAGGUUGCGGAAAUUCUUAAAGAUCGCCUUUCAUGGUAUCGUGACUGCCGUUGUCUUAAUGUUUUAAGUGUAGUCCCUACUGGAAAUGGGGGAACAAUAGAGCUCAUAUAUAUGCAGACUUAUGCGCCAACAACGUUAGCAGCUGCACGUGACUUCUGGACGAUGAGAUAUACAACAAGUUUAGAAGAUGGCAGUCUAGUGGUAUGUGAGAGGUCACUGACUUCUUCAAGUGGUGGCCCAGCAGGGCCUCCGCCAUCUAGUUUUGUGAGAGCUGAAAUGCUUCCUAGUGGCUAUUUAAUACGAGCGUGUGAGGGCGGUGGAUCCAUUAUUCACAUUGUUGAUCACAUUGAUUUGGAUGUUUGGAGUGUCCCUGAAGUUCUUAGGCCACUUUACGAGUCAUCCAAGAUCCUUGCUCAGAAAAUGACAGUUGCUGCAUUACGUCACAUAAGGCAAAUUGCUCAAGAGACUAACGGAGAGAUUCAACAUAGCGGUGGACGUCAACCAGCGGUAUUGCGGACAUUCAGUCAAAAACUGUGCAGGGGUUUCAAUGACGCUGUUAAUGGGUUUGCGGAUGAUGGUUGGUCACCUUUGGGCAGUGACGGUUUGGAGGACGUGACGAUUGUCAUAAACUCAUCGCCAAACAAAUUUCCUGGAUCCCAGUAUAACAUGUCCAUGUAUCCCUCUUUCGGCGGAGGAGUGAUGUGCGCAAAAGCAUCGAUGUUGCUUCAGAAUGUUCCCCCUGCUUUGCUUGUUCGGUUCCUGAGAGAGCAUCGGUCUGAAUGGGCCGAUUAUGGGGUUGAUGCCUACUCUGCUGCAUGUCUAAAAGCCAGUCCAUAUGCUGUUCCAUGUGCAAGACCUGGUGGCUUCCCAAGCAGCCAGGUCAUCUUGCCUCUUGCUCAUACUGUGGAGCACGAAGAGUUCUUGGAGGUGGUUCGUCUGGAGGGCCUUGCAUUCUCCCCCGAAGAUGUUGCUUUAGCUGGACGAGAUAUGUACUUAUUGCAGCUCUGUAGUGGGGUUGAUGAGAAUGCAGUUGGAGCUUGUGCUCAGCUUGUGUUUGCUCCUAUAGAUGAAUCAUUUGCUGAUGAUGCCCCUCUACUUCCUUCUGGAUUUCGUGUCAUACCGCUGGAUCCUAAAACGGAUGAACCUACUGCUGCUCGAACUUUGGACUUGGCUUCUACUCUCGAAGUCGGUGCCAAUGCUUCACGUCCUGCUGGUGAAACUGAUCUGAGUAGCUACAAUCUUCGGUCAGUCUUGACUAUUGCCUUCCAGUUCACUUUCGAGAAUCACAUGCGCGACAAUGUGGCUGCUAUGGCCCGACAAUAUGUUCGCAGUGUUGUGGGGUCUGUUCAGAGGGUUGCCAUGGCCAUUGCCCCAUCGCGGUUGAAUUCCAAUAUGGGACUAAAGCCCCUUCCCGGUUCUCCUGAAGCUCUCACUUUAGCACGAUGGAUUUGCCGAAGUUACAGGAUACACAUAGGAGCUGAGCUUCUUCAAGCCGAUUCCCAGUCUGGGGAUGCCAUGUUGAAGCAGCUCUGGCACCACUCAGAUGCGAUCAUGUGUUGCUCCGUGAAAACCAAUGCAUCUGCUGUGUUCACCUUUGCUAACCAGGCUGGUCUGGACAUGCUCGAAACCACUCUCGUAGGCCUGCAAGAUAUAAUGCUUGAUAAAAUUCUCGACGAAGCAGGUCGGAAGAUUCUCUGCUCAGAGUUCCCCAAAAUAAUGCAACAGGGAUUUGCCAAUCUGCCAUCGGGUAUUUGUGUAUCGAGUAUGGGCCGUCCCAUUUCAUACGAGCAAGCUGUUGCCUGGAAGGUUCUAAAUGAUGAUGGUUCCAAUCACUGCCUAGCUUUCAUGUUCAUAAACUGGUCGUUUGUGUGAUGGAGAAGCCUAUGACUUUGGUUAACUGUCCUAUCAAGUAAUGCGUUUGUAAUUUCAACUUUAGACAUGAUGAUGGCUUAUGUAGUUUACUUCAGGAUUUCUUAACUUCUGGUAUUUUGCUUUCAUUGUCUUUUCUGGUUGGAAAAACUAAUGCUCCAAGUCCAACCAUGGAGUUUAGCUGGGGAAGCUACUUGGAUCUUUUUGUUUCCAACUUAGACACCAUGACUCAAUGUUGUUAAUUUCAUGAACACUAUUAUGCAAUGUGGACUUAUCUUUCUGCAUA